AAACUUGUAGAAGUUUCUAGAUUUUUCUAGAAAAUUUAGGAAGUUCCCAGAUUUUUCUAGAAACUUGUAGAAGUUUCCAGAUUUACAUAGAAAAUUCUAGAACUUUCUAGAAAUGUCUAGAAGUUUCUAGAUUUUUCUUUAAAUUGUAGAACUUUCCAAAUUAUUUUUAGAAAUUCUAGAACUGUCCAGAUUUUUCUAGAAAACUCUAGAAUUUUCCUGAAUUUUUUAAAAAAUUCUAGAAGUUUCCAGAUUUUCUUAGAAAAUUCUGGAACUUUUUUAAAUUUUCAAUUCGUUUUUAGAAAUCGUAGAACUUUUAUGAUUUUUCUAGAAAAUUCUAGAAGGUCCAAGAUACAUCAAAAGAAAAAAACUAAUUUUUUCCCAAACUACAGUAAUCCUACAGUACUCCUACAGUACCCCUACAGGACUACUACAGUACCCCAACCAUAUCCCUCCACUAACCUCGAACCAAUAUCUCUUCAAAAGACGAAAACUCAAUUUUCCCAAACAACAGUAAUCCUACUGUAAAACAAUUUUAUACCGAAAACUGAUGAUGAACAUGAAUAAAUUUAUUCGUACUGGAAAAAUAUUAGAUCUUAGAAUUAGUUUCGGUGGUAGAUUGCCGGUUCUGUAGACGUCUCUUCACGAGUAAGACAUCAUGUCGGAAGAAUUUUUUAACGCCUCUUUAAAAAAUAAUUAACUAACACAGCUGUUGGUUAUCAUCGUCGACAAUCUUCAUAUCAAGAUGUCGGCUCGCACUUCUACAGUCGAAACACAUUGGUAGAAUGAGCGUACUGGCAUCGUAGAUGUACUUGGGGUGGAUUGUUGAUGCGGCAGCAGUGGGGAACAAAGCUUCCUCAGCUUUACCCUCAAGGUAUUUCUGUGAAAAAAAUAUGUAAAAAUAAGCUGCAACUAUAAGGCUGAUAAACUUACAGGCCUCUCGUGUACUUUUUGUAGUUUUCGGUGGUGAUUGUGGAGCUCCGGUUGCGACAGCUUCAGCCUCGGGAAACGUGUCAGGGGUUAGUUGUUGUGGUGGUGGUGGUGGUGAUGGUGAUGGUAGUGGCACAUCUGCAGAGCGCUUCCAUCGGCCAGUUGGAAGAGUUUUCGGCGUUUUGUUGUACAGCGUUUUGUUGACAGUGGACAUAACAAAAUAGCGUACUUUUUAGUGAUUUUCGUAGGUGCUUAAAUAGAGGCUUUUUCAAGGUCAAAAAAAAAUCAUAUUCUUGUUUAAUUUUUUCUGAAAUAAGUACGAAGCUUGCUCUGAAUAAAUCUUUCAAUUGAUUUACGACUCUACAGAUAAAAGGUGUCAUGAUUGUAAAUUGAGGAGAUGAGAAAACUGCAAUUGUACUAAAUAAAACAUGCUCUACAAAAUGGCACUAUUCAAAAUAAGUUUUUGAAUAUUUUUUUUUUCAAAAGAAUUACCAUUCUUCCAUUUCUUGCUUUGUUAUUCUGUAAGAGGUGCCAAGACGGAUCGGAGUAUCGUGACGGUCCAUCAAAAUUUGUCAUAACUGUUGUAUACAAUCUAACGAUCCAUCUCCGUUCCAAAUCUUAUGUCACCGACGGUUUCCCAUACGUGUUCUCGACAAUUAUGUGAGUGGAAGGGCGGGGAGAUCGCCAAUUGCUGAUUAAAGACGUUGCCCACCCGACUCAUUCAGUAGGACCUAGACUAUUCUUCUUUUUUUCGGGUGUUUGUGUGAUGCCCUUCUACUUUUAUUUUUUCUGAAUUAUUUAGUUUCAAUUCUUCUGCUGGAAAUGGAAAAUGUAAGUUUUUAUUUUAUUUACAUAGUAUGGGCUUUAAAAAAAAUUUUAUAGAAAGUUUUCAAAAAGGCGGAUACGAAGGAUUUUUUUCAAUUUUAAUUUAAUUUGUUCUUUUCAGCAUUCCAACUGGAAUAGACUUGAAUAUUUCUAUUAAGAGACAUGCCUAAUUCUUACGCAAACGAUUUAUGGCAUAUUUGAGACCAAUGCUCGGUUUCCUGGACUCCAUAAUUGAUGGAUGGGAAACAAUACCAUUGGAGCACGUAAAUCAACUACUUCGAAAUUUUGGAAAUGUCGAAGUUGUAUAGCAUCACGGACAACGGAAAGCCGGAAUAAUUCAAUUAUCCAACAACGACGCAACUUUAUUAUUAGGACCAAGAAGGAGAUUCCAUUUCCAAAACGAGGAGCAAGCAAAGACUCCUGUGGAAGCUGCCAUAAUCAGAAGAAUUUGAUUGUCUGCCACCUUUUUUUAUUUAAAAACCACAAAAAAUUGUUUUUUUAAACUGUUUUUGUAAUUUUUUUACUUUUUAAAAAAUAAAAUGUAUUUUUCU